UGGCGCAACCAACCCCCCUUCGCGUUCCGGCCACGCCGUGGUGGUUACCUUGCCAGACCAUGGCGUCCGUUGAUUUCUUCACCCAGGAGCUCGGUCCUGAAAUCGAGGAUCCCGAUGAGGAGACAUUCCUCCUGUUCGCCCAAGACAUACCGUCGCAGAACCUCGGUUUCGUCGACUCUGCGGCCUCCAGUCUGGAGCUGACCGUUGCCGGCAAGGACCUGACCGUCCACCAGUCUCCGGGCAUACUCUCGUCGACGCGGUCGGGCGGCACAACCGGAGCAGUCGUCUGGAAAGUAACUCCCCUUUUCGCCGAUUGGGCCGCCUCGCCGGGCAACAUCCUCGCCAGGUCCGGCGCCCUGUCCCGGUCCUCGGCCGUGCUCGAGCUGGGCUGCGGCAUCUCCGCCAUAGUGGGCCUCGUCCUCGCCCCGGCCGUGUCGUCCUACACCCUGACGGACCAGGCGUACGUGUCGCGCCUGGUCGAGCAGAACAUCCAGGAGAACCGGGCUGCCCUCGUCUCGGGCGGCGGUGGUAGGUCCUCCGCCAAGAGCAAAAGGGCCGGCGGCGGCGGAGGCGGGUCCGGCGCGCAGACGGCGGGGUCCUCCCUGCGCUUCGCCCCCCUGGACUGGGAGACGGACGAGGUGACGGGCUCGCUCGCCGGCCCCGCCCGGGCCGGGAGCUUCGACCUCGUCAUAGCCUGUGACUGCAUCUACAACGAGUCCCUGAUCGAGCCGCUCGUCCAGACCUGCGUCGACGCCUGCGCGCUAGGGAGGGCGCCCGCCGGGGAAGGUGGCGGCGGCGCCGCCGCCGCCGCCAACGCCCCAUGUGUUUGCGUGGUGGCGCAGCAGCUCCGCGACCCCGAGAUAUUCGAGAGCUGGGUCAAGCGCUUCUGCCGCUCCUUCCAUGCAUGGAGAAUACCCGACGAGAGUCUGCCGCAGGGCCUGCGUUCCAGCUCUGGAUUCGUGGUCCACGUUGGGGUACUGAAAGAUUUGAGUUGAAAGUCUCGAGGGUGGAAUAGAGCAGACAAUAACUGAUGAGGAGCAAAAUUACGGCGGGCGUGUCAGUCCACUACGAGGUCGGUGCUUAUGGAGAUUUCCCUAUGGGACAAAAUCGUAACGUCAACUUCACUCGAGUGUCAGACGGCUAGGCUCAA